AUGCCAGACAGCAACUCUAAUCCAGCCAAGGAUGCACAUACGCAGCCGCCAUUGACUCCAGAGGAGCUUGUCAUCCUGCAGUCCUACAUUGAACAAUGGGAGGCUGCUUCGGGUGAAGACCGGAAUCAGGUAUGGAAGGAUGCGACACUAGAGGCUCGCCUAAAGGCCCCGACCAAGGACAAACAACUACUUGAGAAACGAAAGAAGGUGUACCGAAAUUGGUUUCGCAAUCACGGAGGCAGGAAGCAGGAAGCAGGACCACAAACCUCCCAUCAAUAUGGGGAGGAGGAUGACACGGGGGUAAAACCGGGAUCAACGGAAAUGAUCCAGCAUUAUUCGAAGUAUUUGAGUGCAUUGAUAGAGUCUUUGACAGAGGAAGAAAUUCAGGAGGCCGUCAAGACAGCAGAGGAGUGGAACAGUCAGGGCGUUCCUCCCAAGGUGCAGAUAGACAUCGCCAAAAAGAAAAGCGAGGGCAUGGUCCACCACUUCGCCAAAGAGGGCAAGCUGUUGGUGACCGGCCAUGACUAUAAUGAUGAGUUCAGGGGGGCAGAAAGUUUCACAAAGACCUGCGACUGGCAGGUCAUAUUGCCCGAGUGGGAGCCAUACAUGACGAAAUUGUUUGUAGAUGGUGAUGGCGAGGAUGAUUGUGUGCUGCAUAAGGCCGGGAGGAAGGAUAACACAUACAUGCUGGACAUAGGAGACAGCGGUGUCCCUGUCCUCCCGAACUAUGAUGAAAUGGACUCUGGAACCAGAAAGGCGGUGGUCCGAGCAUUUUUAAAUUGGCAUUAUGCGGCGUGCUCCGGGAGACCGAAAGAUUUGGUUCCGUGGAAAGAACUAUCAUCCCGACAAGACAAGAUGCUACCAAGAAAGUACCUACCUGAUGGCGCAAAAAUUUGGGAGCCUUCGAGGAUGAACCAGGAGGAAGCCACAGCCUUGCUCGAAUUCUGGUAUAACCGACAGGAGUCAUCGGAUGGUCCCACUCUGAAAUUCAGCAGGUGGUGGUGCAAGGAUCAGGUCGAGCCUCCUGUCAGAGUGGUAGAGUCAGACACUGAAGAGAAAUCAACUGUUAGAUCAUCAACGGCGAAGAAGACCAAAAAGUCAACAAAGAAAUCUUCCCAGGAGAAGAAUCGAUCACAUCAAAUGGAUGACAAUUCCACCAGUAGCGCAGAUGCUGACAGACCUGUCCAGAAAGUAUCGCAGUGCCGGGUGCAAGUCAGAAAGAUGCCUGAUGUUGUUGAAGAAUCCUGGGAAGAUUCGGAGGCAGACUCUAAUGAUGAUGAGCCUCACAGGUUGCCUGCCAAAGUGAAGCCCAAGGAAACACGGCCGAUGCAUCAUGUCUCAGCAGCUCGCAAGAAACACCAGCAUGAAGACUCAUCGGAAGAUUUGGAAGUUGACGAACCUAAAGAGGUGAAACCUCCGGCGAAGAAACCACGGGUGCUGGAGAAUCAACGGGCGAAGCAGAAUCCUGCUCGCAAGAUUGGACCUGCUUCUCGUACUGGUGAAACAUCACGCCGAGCUCAUAUUCAGCAAUCCGGUGACAAAGAGGGCGCCUCAGCCAUCCUCCCGAACUCUACUGAGUCUGCAUUAGCUGCCUUCAACACUUGCAGUGCAGAGAAGGUGGAUGACGCGAGUGCAUUGCGGCGCAAAGUCGAUGUGAUCCCCCCGCUGGAGAAAGCGCAUUCAGAUGGGACAGCACUGCCUUGA